AUGCCGCUGUCGAUAAAACAGAUAUCGCGGCAAGUGGCGACCCCGUCACCCACCCAAACCGGCGACGUUCUCAACAAACUUCUGGCCACAAAGGAUAUUAUUAACCGGACACUUCUUUCACAGCACAAACGAGCGUCGUAUCUUGCAAACGUCCUAAUAGAAGUGGAGGAAAACAUUCGUGAAACCACCGAGAUUGCCGUGAAAAAUAUUAAGAAUGACAUAGAAAAGAGCAAGCGAAAGAUAACUCCGGGCAUCAAGCGCUUGCAGGAUAGUCUGAAAGGGUUAUCAAAAUCAGAAACAUUCAUAAAGCAUGACGACAAGGGAGGUAAAAACGCAGACACAAAGAAAGCCAAACGUCGAAUUAAAGAAGCUCAGAAACUGAUGCAGGACUUUCCGAGCGGCAAUGUAGAAUACAGUGUGUCUACCUGUCUAGCAGACCAUAUCACCCAACUUUGCAACCGUCUUAUGCAGUUGUCAAUAAAAAUCACAUCAUCGAAAUUUGAUUACAACGAGACACCCCGCAAUUAUCAAUCUGAUUCCGAUUCUGAUGAGAGGACACAACGUAUGAAUGAGAGAAGCAACUCCGCUAACAAUAUUUAUGACGAGAUAGGACAUUAUCUUGAGGAUGAUCCGUAUUUACGACCAACGAGGAAAACAGAAAUCAAGGAUCAAGAACGGCGUCCAGAAGUGCCACCUUUACUCCUCUCACAUCUUGAGCCUUCAGAGUUAAGUAAAUUGAAUAGCGUACACCUUUUUUCUAGUGAUAGUGACUCUGAUGACGAUUUUGACACAGGAAAAUUUAUGCCUUUUAACUUGCAGCCAAGGAAUCGCAGUCCUCUUGUGCGCCAACCUCGAAUAGGAGAAAUCAAGCAACACAAAGAAACACGAUACGUUCGUGAAGGAGUUCGACGAUCACGUUCUCCUAAAUCACCAAAACCUGAUAAUGGCGUUAGAGAGCAUAAUUCCCCUAAGCAGGAUAAACCUGUCGACAACAUACAUGGCACUAAAUUCACUUCAAAGGUAAAUCGUAUGAGCGGGGGCAAUCAUGGAAGUUUGCAGAAACCGAUUGACAAUUACGUUGAAACAAUGUCGUCAACAUUGGACAGGACGAAAUCUGAAACCAGAGCAUUGACAUUUGAAUCUUAUUCAAAACCAACACCAAAACGUCUAUUACCAGCUAUUCCUAAACCAGCGGAUGAUGUUACGGAUGGGGUCACGAUUUUGCCACGUGUGAUAUGUACUAACACCAACCAGGAUGCAGUAGUCUCAGAGGAACAAAGUAAUAUGAAGACGGAACAGCACAUACCUGUUAAUACUAAUAUAAUGCCAUAUGUGGACAUUGAAGAAAUCGAAUUUAGAAAGACAAUACGUACUGCCAGGAAAGAAAUACUGGAUAAGUUAAAGCGCAAGAAUCGUGGUACGCCUGUGAAUGAAACGUCAGUUUCGGAAGAGUUAAAAAUGAGCGAUUUAGUCUCAAAUCAUAGCACUCAAAACACCUCGCAAAUAUCGAACUUUGCACUAACCUUGCCGUAUUCUAAACCAACUCAAGUUACGGGAGUACCAAUAAUGUCUCGCACGAUCAGCUCUGUUAGCCGAAUGAAUGACAACGGAAUUUUCAAGAGCAAGCUGGUCCAGGUCGGGUCUUCCGUAAAUAAUCCAAACGAUUCUAUAGUUAGUUCAAAUAUUAAGAAAUUUGAAGCCACAAUUUGGAACAAUGAAUUAGUCGAGUUAAAUAACAGCAAAUUAAAGCAUUCCACUCCGCCAAGAAAAAAUGGACCCCAUUUGAGAUCUUCUAGCGAGCCGAGAUCAACGUUGUCUGUUAUUAAAUCGUCAGCAAAAUUUCUGAGGAGACCCUCACCGUUGAAAAAUAACGCACUGAGACCACGCCACGACAGCAGUGGCAGCAGCACGUUCAACGAUAGCGAAAAAGAUAAAACAGAAGACAGUGCUAUCGGAUCAUCGAGCAAUGGUUCAUCAUUUCUUUUAAAAUCGUGUACCGAGAAUGACCUUAACGACCUUGAGAAAGCACAGACCACGUCAAAUGACCAUCACCACCAUGGCAAUGAGAAUGCAUUGAAAACGAACAACAAGGAGAGCAAUACGCUUCUGAAGUCGCCACUGAGUCAUUAUGAGGAUGCUGAGAAUGACGUCGGCAAGAGGCAUGUGAAUUCGAAGAAGGUGUAA